AUGCUCCCUACUCUCUCACUUGUUAAGACAAUGACAGUGGCUUCACGGCCUUUUGUCUCCCGUGCUGUUCUAAGUGGUUUGCCCAAACUAUGCCCACUUGCAGCAUCUGACAUUACAUCCAAAAAUCUUCAUACUUCCGUUGUUCGUCGGGACAUUGAUCAAGCCGCAAAGUACAUUGGUGCUGGCGCUGCCACAAUUGGCGUUGCAGGAUCAGGGGCUGGUAUUGGUUCUGUCUUUGGGAACCUCGUGAUAGGCUAUGCUCGAAACCCCGGCCUCAAGCAGCAGCUUUUCUCCUACGCCAUCCUUGGGUUCGCGCUAAGUGAAGCCAUGGGCCUGUUCUGUUUGAUGAUGGCGUUUUUGAUCUUGUAUGCUUUCUAA